AUGUAGCGGAGCCUCGUGCUGGUUGGGUUAGCUCCCUGCCUCUACCCGGGCUCAGUAACACAACUCCCACAACAAUUUCUGUCGCUUCCUCACGCAUUGUAUGGAUCUUCCAUCACCUCUCUGACCCGUUUGUGGAGCCGGAACCGAAGGAUGGCAGCCGGAUUCGGCUAGAAUGAGUCUUGGGAAUGUAUCGACACAAGGAUGAACGGUUCUGAAGAAUUAUUUAUAUUCAAUGCUAGCGUUUGAUUGUGACUGACUCGCCGAGAGAGGGAGAGAGAGGUGGCGGGGGGGUAUAUCAUGGCCGCUCAGGUCGCCAGCGCCGCCACUCUUAACACUAGCCCGCCUUCUGAACUCAAAAAGCCGGAUCGAGACCAAAAGGAAGAGACGGGGGAGAAACAGUCCGAUAAAAAGCAGCCGGGGUUGGACAGCGGAUCGCCGGGCCGUGGGAAUCUGCAGGACGGGGCCGACGGUGGAAAUGCUGGGGGAGGAGGGCAGCUGGAGAUGAAGAACGGGAAUGGGAACCCGCCCAGAGCCAUCAAUAAUAACCAGAAUGACUCCGUCGGACCGGAGGGGAACAACCACCCUGGACUGGUGCAUCACCACGGCCCCACAUUUCCUCCACCUUCCUACGCGUACAGUCAGCAUUACGGUCGGGCCCCUUUUCAUCAACAUGGCGGACAACAAAGCCCUGGCAUGGCAGCUGCUGCGGGUCCGGUCGUGCAGUCGAGCAACAUGAUGGACCCUUAUCAACCCAAUUCACAGGAGCAUGGCUUUUCAAACCACCAGUUCAACAAUUACAGCCCAUUCCCGAACAGAACUCCCUACACAGGCCAAGGAUACGCCAUGAACUCUCCUCGCAGCGCUCAGGCGCCGACAGCUGGGGGGCAGCCAGCUAAGCAGCAGCCGACACCGGGAGGACCCACGGUAAUGCCCGGAUCUUACAGUAAUCAGAGAUAUAAUAUUGGAAACCCACAACCUACAUCCACGCCGACACUCAACAAACUCCUGACCUCCCCGAGUUCAACGCGAGGAUAUCCAAACUACCCUGCAACUGACUACGGUAGCCAAGAAGGAGCUAAUAAGGGACCAGCAGACAUGAGCAGUAGCGGUCAGUACGGAGGCAGCAAUCCGGCUUGGCAACAAAGAAGCCUUCACCCGUCGCCUUUGAGCCCGGGGAGUGCUGGGCAACCGCUAGCGAGAAACCAGCCACCUGGUUCCAUUGAUCCAAUGGGAAAAAUGAGAGGUCCUCCAUAUGGAGCUGGCAGUCCGUACAGUCAACAGUCACAGCAGGCUCACCCUACAGGUACUCAGCCUGGGCCGGGGUAUUCUGGUCAAGGCUAUGGGCCACCAGGUCCCCAGCGAUACCCAGUUGGGAUGCAAGGGCGCACCACAGGUGGCAUGGGUGCCAUGCCCUACGGUCCACAGAUGGGUUCCUAUGGACAGCAGGGACCUGGAGGAUAUGGCUCUCAGGGCCAGGCACCAUACUACAGUCAGCCAGGCCAAACUUCUCACCCAAGUCAGCAACAAACACCGUACACCCAGCCAACACCCGGACAACCCGGUGGGCAGUCACCAUACACAGGACAGGCCCAUCCUCCGCCAACUUCUGUUCCACACAGUCAAGGAGGAUCUCCCUAUCAACAACCACAUAUGCCCCAACAGUCCCAGGGGCCAGGCCAAUCCCAAGGGCUCCCACAGUCUCAGCCACCGUAUUCUCAAGGAUCGGCACCACAGUCUAGCCAGUCUCCUUAUGCCCAGCAACAAGGGCCACCCAGCCAGACACCCCAGCCAAGUUCCAAGGGUACCCCUGGAUUGCAAGCCCAGUCGAACUAUCCAGGAUCUACUCCAGGGCCCCAGCAAACCUCUCAGCAGCAGCAGUCACAGUCUCAUCCACAGGGCCAGCCUGCAGCUUACCCACAGAACACUCAACAGCAGCAAGCACAGCAGUCACCUUAUCAACGCUUCCCUCCUUCUCAACAGCAGGAUGUAUCGCAGGAUUCCUUUCAGUCCAGCGCCCCUCCAUCCACGCAGCCCAAGUCUGGCCAGGAGGACAGUCAAGGCCGACCUUCCAGCCUCCCAGAUCUGGCGGGGUCCAUUGACGACCUGCCAACAGGUACAGAGGGUGCUCUGAGUCCUGGCAUGAGUACAUCCGGUGUGUCGAGCAGUCAGGGCGAGCAAAGCAACCCCGCCCAGUCGCCUUUUUCGCCCCAUACGUCUCCCCACAUGCCAGGGAUUCGGGGGCCCUCGCCUUCUCCGGCUGGCUCCCCCGCUAGCUCUAGCACGCCGCGCACAGGGCCGCUGUCGCCCGCCAACAUGCCAGGACCCCAGAUGCCUCCCAGACCAUCAAGCGUGCAGUCGGAUGGGAACCUGCACCCCGGCAUGAGCCAGUCCCCCAUGGCCCAAGACAGAGGAUUCAUGCAGAGAAACCCUCAGAUGCCCCCUUACGGUUCCCCCCAAUCCACCUCUGCACUGUCACCUCGCCAGUCCUCUGGAGGACAGAUGCAUCCUGGGAUGGCUCCAUAUCAGCAGAAUAACUCAAUGGGGGGCUAUGGUCAACAGGGAGGACAGUAUGGGCCCCAAGGAUAUCCGCGCCCUGUGUAUGGAAACAUGCCUAAUGCCAACUACCCAGGUAUGGGCUCCAUCAACCCCAUGGCAGGUCAGGGUGGAGGGCCGCAGUAUGCCGGCAUCCCCCCAGGAAGGAUGACGUCGAACCAGAUGGGAGCACGUCCUUAUGGCCCCAAUGUGGGUCCUGGCAUGGGUCCAAAUAUGCCUCAUAACCAUGGCAACAUGCCACCGCAGGUAGGCUCAGGAAUGUGCCCUCCCCCAGUAAUCAACAGGAAGCCCCAGGAUCCAACACCCAUGCCGCACCCUGCCACCAACUCCAUGCACAACCGGAUGCCCAGUUAUCCCAACAUGAGUCAAGGCAUGAUGGGCUCCGGUCCACCCUAUGCCCCACAAAUGAACAACAUGCCUGGAAUGCUGAACACUCCUGGUGGGUCUCCUUAUCCUAUGGGGCCUAACAUGGUCAAUAAUGCUAGUGGGAUGGCUGCCAGUCCAGAAAUGAAUAAUAAGAUGAACAAUAAAGUGGACGGGACUGGGACCCCCAAACCAGACUCCAAGUCAAAGAAGUCCAACUCCUCCACGACAACUAGUGAAAACAUAACCCGCUUAUAUGAACUGGGACCAGAGCCGGACAGAAAGAUGUGGGUCGACCGCUAUUUGGCUUUUGUUGAAGAAAAAGUAAUGGGCAUGAGUAACCUGCCCGCCGUAGGACGCAAACCCCUCGAUCUUUAUCGGCUGUACAUGUCUGUUAAAGAGAUUGGCGGAAUGACGCAGGUGAAUAAGAGUAAGAAAUGGCGAGAUCUGGCCACUUCGUUAAACGUGGGAACAUCCAGCAGUGCUGCCAGCUCCUUGAAAAAACAGUACAUACAGUGUCUUUAUGCCUUUGAGUGCAAGAUCGAGCGUGGUGAAGACCCUCCUCCUGAGAUCUUUACAGACACCAAAAAGAGUCAAGCUGCGAAGGUCCAGCCCCCGUCUCCAGCGUCCCUCUGCUCCACAGCUGGAUCAGGCUCCCUUCAGGGCCCUCAGACUCCACAGUCUACCAGCAGCUCCAUGGCUGAAGGGGGAGAUCUGAAACCUCCCACACCGGCCUCCACCCCACUUGCCCAGAUGAGCUCCAUACCUCCGGGAUCAAGGAGCAGUGUUAACCUCCAAGACCCUUUCUCUGAUGGGAGCGACCCCAGCUUCCCUAGGAAGAACAUGAUGCCCAACUCCACCUAUCAGUCUGGCAUGAACACCCCAGAUAUGCAAGCUCGCAUGGGCUCAUAUGAACCUAACAAAGACCCUUUCAGUAACAUGCGGAAAGUCGGAGAGCAGUUUCUACCUGCCAAUCAGGGCCCAAACAGCGUAGUGGGCGACCAGCAUCAGCAGCCCCCGCAGCAGCAGCCUCCCUUCAACCGGGGGCCACCUGGGAACAUGGGCAGCAUGCCAAUGGGGUCCCGGCAGCAGUAUCCUUAUGGACCAGGAUAUGAUAGGAGAUCGGAACAAGGAUUGGGCCCCGAGGGAAACAUGGGACCCGGAGCCCCUCAGCCAAACCCAAUGAUGCCUGCCAACGCCGAUACGGGGAUGUAUUCGCCAAAUCGCUUCCCGGCACAGCAGCCACGGCAUGAUUCCUAUGGUAAUCAGUAUCCAGGACAGGGAACGUCCUCUACCGGCUCCUACCCAAACCAGCAGCCUGGAAUGUACCCACAACAGGGCUAUAAGCGUCCUGUGGAGGGAGGUUAUCCCCCAUCGAAACGUCAUGAGGCAGAUUACAGCGGGCCCUUCCCUGGAGGACAGCAAGCAGCGCAGCAACAGCAGCAAGGAGGCGCCCCGGCACCCCCUUCAGGACAGCAGGAGUCUUACAAUCAGUACGGGGGCAGCAGCCCCUAUCCCGGCCCCGACCGCCGGCCACCUCCCCCCGGUAAUCAAUUUCCGUUUCCUUUCGGCCGGGACCGGAUGCAGGGAGCUCCUGGACCCAACUCUCAGUCCAACAUGCCGCCCCAGAUUAUGCCGUCAGGCCCGGAAGGUCCUCAGGGUGGCAUGUGGCAGGGACCUCGAGAUCUCAAUUAUCAGAACUACCCCAACCGACAGGGUGGUCCUGGGGGCCCACCACAGGGACCCGGUUACCCUAGCAUGAACCGCUCCGAGGACAUGAUGCCCACAGAGCAGCGGAUGAAUAAUGAUGGACAGUGGGGCGGUCAGAUGGGCCCUCGUCAGCCACCCUACGGUCCGGCCGGGCCGGGGCAGGCCAUGCCACGGUCGAUGCAGUCCAACUAUCAACCCCCUCAGGGAGUGCAAAACCACAUUCCACAGGUGUCUAGCUCAGCCUCCAUGCCGCGCCCCAUCGAGAACCGAACGUCACCCAGCAAAUCUCCCUACAUGCACGGAGGGAUGAAGAUGCACAAGGCCGGCCCCCCGGUGCCUGCAUCCCACAUAGUACCCCCUGCAGUGCAGUCGCCUCUUAUAAGACGGGACAUGCCUUUCCCGCCCGGCUCUGUUGAGGCUUCACAUCCUGUCCUGAAACCUCGACGGAGACUCACCAUGAAGGAAAUCGGAACCCCAGAGGCCUGGAGAGUCAUGAUGUCCUUAAAGUCUGGCUUACUGGCUGAAAGUACGUGGGCAUUAGAUACCAUCAACAUUCUCCUGUACGACGACAACAGCAUUUCCACCUUUGAUCUGAACACGUUGCCUGGCCUGUUGGAGUUGGUGGUCGAGUAUUACAGACGCUGCCUCAUUGAGAUCUUUGGCAUUUUGCGGGAAUACGAAGUUGGAGAGCCCGGCCAAAGGACACUGCUCGAUCCCGAUGCCUUAAAACAAGACUUGGACAACGCUGAAAAGGAGGAACUCCAGGGGGAGCACAUGGAACAUGAGGGGGAAGAGGAGGAGGAGGAGGAGGAGACAGAAAUGGACCGACCCGCUCAAGUUAAAGAAGAUCAAAAGCUCUGCUCUCUGGAAGACAAGCCAGAAGAUCAGGAGAAGAGCAAAAGUUUUCUGCAGUCUUUAUCAGCUAACGAGAGACCCAAGCAGUCCAGCAAGUUUGAUAAGUUUCCUCUAAAGGUGGUACGAAGAAAAGACCCGUUUGUAGCGGCUCAGUCCAAUUCCCACUGCAAAGUCCAGGAGUUUGACAGCGGCUUACUUCACUGGAGCGCCGGAGGAGGAGACUCAACAGAACACAUCCAGACUCACUUUGAGCCUUGCAAGCAGUUCCUGGAACCAUGUCAGCGUUUUCCCGUACCCCAGGUUUUACUGAAGCGGCGGUUAUUGGAGGAGGAGAUACGGGAAAACGGUUUGCCCGCCGAAGAGGACGACAGGAAGCAGGAGGAAGAGGAGGAAGAAAGUGAGAAACCUACGUCUUUGUCGGAGAAUUCAACGGUUUUGGAGAAGUCGGAGAGCAGUGAGGAGAACAGUAAAAUGGAUCCAAAAGAAGACGCUGUUCAGAAAUGUGUGAGGAGUCAGCAGGAAAACCACAGACCUAUUCUGCCCCCUGAAAGUAUUUUAACCCAGCGGUCAAAGCAGACCGUCACAAUCCUGGAGGACGAGCCUCGCAGUAAAGACGAGGGGCCGCUCAUCGCGCUGGCCGACUGGCAGGAUUCCUUAGCCCGCCGCUGCAUCUGUGUCUCCAACAUCGUCCGCAGCCUCUCCUUCGUACCGGGAAACGACCACGAGAUGUCCAAACACCCGGGCUUGCUGCUGAUUCUUGGACGCCUCAUCCUGCUUCACCAUCGGCACCCGGAGCGCAAACAGGCCCCGCUCACCUAUGAGAAGGAUGAGGAUUCAGAUGAGGGCGUGGGCCAGAGGGAUGAGUGGUGGUGGGACUGUUUAGAGCUCCUGAGGGAGAACACGUUGGUCACCCUGGCAAACAUUUCAGGUCAGCUUGAUCUCUCCAUUUACCCCGAAAGCAUCUGCUUGCCCCUGCUGGAUGGUCUUCUCCACUGGGCAGUGUGCCCGUCGGCGGAGGCCCAGGACCCCUUCCCCACCCUGGGCCCCCACAGUGCUUUGUCUCCUCAGAGACUGGUCUUGGAGACCCUAAGCAAACUCAGCAUCCAGGAUAACAACGUGGACCUUAUCUUGGCCACUCCGCCAUUUAGCCGGUUGGAAAAGCUAUUCGGGAACUUGGUGCGGUUAAUCGGAGACAGGAAGGUCGCGGUCUGCAGGGAGAUGGCCGUGGUCCUGUUGGCCAAUCUGGCCCAGGGUGACACACUGGCAGCACGAGCGGUCGCCGUGCAGAAAGGCAGUGUGGGCAACCUCCUGGGCUUCCUGGAGGACAGUCUGGCUGCCACGCAGCUCCAGCACAGCCAGAGCUCUCUGCUGCACCUGCAGGGGAUGCACUUUGAGCCCACGAGCCCGGACAUGAUGCGGCGAGCCGCCCGGGCGCUGCACGCCUUAGCGAAAGUGGAGGAGAACCACUCGGAGUUCACACUACACGAGUCCAGACUCCUUGACCUUUCCGUGUCCCCCCUCAUGAACUCACUGGUUUCUCAUGUUAUCUGUGAUGUACUCUUUUUGAUCGGCCAGUCAUGACAGCUGUAGGGAGCCAUGGCUCCGCUUUUAAUGGUGGUGGGGGUUUGGGCGCCAACCCCUCCUCCCUCCCUGACAAACUUGGCCUACAUGUGGUAAAAGGACACUGAGAGUUCACAAGACUUUCUUUAAUUUAUGAGAACUUUUCAGAAAAUCCUGUCGUCCCCCCCCCAGCCCCAACAGGCCUGCCUAAUCAAAGAGCUGUGCUGUCGAGCGGACCAGAGAGAUGCUGGCAAAGUGACACGUGGACGGCCACAGGAAGACGGAUGACAGCACCACGGUCGGUUGGUCGGGGGUGUGCGUUACCUUUUAAUAAAGAUAAAUAAAUAGCUGAAAAACAAAAACUGUAACCAAAGUUGCUGUCUCGUUUACAGUGAGUUUGGGAGACACAACGUGCCCUAGGCCCCCUCGAGGGCACAGUGAGUCUGUAACUUGACGUUCAGAGGUGAGACGGGUGGAAAAAGCGCUGCCCGCUGGUUUCUAGUUGUUACAGCUGGAGCCUCACCAGUAGGCCCGACAGUUUUCUGUCAAUAAACACCUUCACCGGGGAGGCCUGUGCAGUGUGCAGUAGAUUGUAGGACAUUUUCUGUACCGUACUGCUCUUGAGUGUAAGCAUUCUGUACCGCAUCGUUCACACAGAAGCGGAUGGUCAUUUUUAGUAUGGUGUUGGACAGAAAUGGCUUUCUUCCCCAAAGUAUCAAGAACCUACAACACCCUUACCUCCUCCUAUCCCCUGAUUGUAUGAACACCUGCCCCCUCCCCAUUAUGAAAAGAAAAUCACCUCUUAGGAUUGGUUUUAACUUCAAAUACAGCUUUGCUGUGGUGUAUAUAUAAUGCUGUACAUUAUCCUUCCUUUCUGUGCGUCUCUUGUCUGUGUCAUGUUCUCACACUUCUGGGUGUGGGGUUGGUGGUUGAUGUGAGUUUGACUUCCACUCCCCACCAGUUGGACCCACUCCUCUGGUCUCUCCACAGCUCUGUAGUCACGGCAGACACAGCUCUAACCCGUUUCCUGGUAUACAAAGAAAAAAAAGCGAGAUGAAGUACACACUUGACAAAUUUUCUCCACUCAUGGAUUCUGCAUAUUUGUAUUUCAGACUAUGUAGCUAAGAUGACAUGUACAUUUCUCCCUUUUCCUUUUUUUGUUUUUUUUUGGCUCAAGGAAUAUCAUUUAUUCAGUAUGAAAUCUUUAUACUAUAUGUUCCACGUGGUAAGAAUAAAUGUACAUCAAAUCUUC